GUGCUCAUUUACCACAGCUCCUCCUCUAUGAGUCAACCUGCUGCUCUACUCUUUAUGAACCUUCAGCAUUUGAUUGCUGCUGCCAUUAUUUCUCUGCUGUCUGUUUCCUGCUCACAUCCCCAGCAAAAUGGCAUCUGGUGUAAAGGUCUGUGAUGAAGUUAAGGACAUUGUCAAUGAAAUGAAAGUAGUGAAAAGUGACGCUGACUCAAAUGAGCGUAUAAGAUUGGUUGUAUUUGUAAUCGACGACGGCAAGAUUAAAAUAGAGAAGAUUCACCGAGAAAAGGACCUGGCGGAUGUGGAGGAUGUCUACAAGUUCUUCCUGAGUCUGCUGAAUCCUGAAACAUGCCGCUACAUGCUGUAUGACUGCCACUUUGAAACCAAGGAAUCAAGUAGAAAAGAAGAACUUGUCUUUGUGAUGUGGGCUCCUGAAUCUGCUCCCAUCAAGGCCAAAAUGCAGUACGCUAGCUCAAAAGACUCUCUCAAGAAGAUCCUGACUGGUAUCAAACACGAGCUGCAGAUGAACGACCUUUCAGACUACGGAAACAGGGAUAACUUUGCAGAGAGGAUGGGAAAGGGGGUCAUCAAAGUUGAGGGGCAUGCCGUCACCUCUGCAGGUGGCAGUCGUUGAAUUGCACAACAAACUGUGCUUUCCUGUAAUUAAAAAUGGAUUUGGAGUUAAGAUCGGGGUACAUUUUCUAAAGUAUUGGUUCCAGCAGAGCCUAAAGGGGAAAUUCUGGGGUUUUGAAUACUAUUUAACACAAACCUUGGUCCUUGGGGUUAUACAGUUGCACAGUUUGGCAGAUGUAAUUUUUAUAUGUCCCUAUUCAGGUCUAGCACGCUUAAAUUCAGUAACUUUAUGUAUGUGUUUGAAUUUUGACGCGUGAAUGCUGCAUACAACUUGAAUUUUGUAAGUUAAAAAUGGCUGGACUCUAGUAUGAUGUGUAUUUUUCUAGACUGCUACACUCAGGACACCUAAAAGCAUAAAAUUUUAAUCAAAUGAAACUGCAACUGUUAAUCCAAAUAAUAAAAAUUAAAUAAUGCAACAUU